AUGGAGAAGCUAAGACUUCCUCUGGAACUUUUGCCUUCUGUGGGACCAGAAAACACCACGAUGAUGGUAACUGAAUUGAUCAUAUUGGGGUUUGGAAACCUCAAGGAACUGAGUCCCUUGCUCUUCCUUGUGUUUGGCAUGAUCUAUCUAGCCACCAUUUCUGGGAAUAUUCUCCUUGUGGUGCUGGUGUGCACUCAAAGAGGACUGCAGACUCCAAUGUACUUCUUUCUGGCAAACCUCUCAUGCUUGGAGGUCUGCUACACAUCCAACAUUGUGCCCAGGAUGCUGGUGGAUUUGUUGAGGGAAAACAGGGUGAUCUCCAUGGUUGGUUGUAUUACUCAGCUUUACUUCUUUGGGGCCCUGGGCAGUACUGAAUGUUAUCUACUGGCUGUGAUGUCAUAUGAUCGGUACCUGGCUGUCUGCUGGCCCUUGCACUAUCCAACAUUAAUGCACGGAACCCUGUGUGUAGGGCUAGUAAUUGGCUCAUGGUUUAGUGGCUUCACAGUAGCAGCUGUGUUCCAGGCUGCUAUGGUAUUCAGCUUGAACUUCUGUGGUGGCAAUGAGAUUGACCACUUCUUCUGUGACUUGAAACCUCUGCAGAAGAUCUCCUGCUCUGAUCCCCAUCUGGUCAACCUGGUCUGCAUGAGUCUAACAGCCCUGGUGACCCUGGCCCCCUUUGGACUAACUCUAGCCUCUUACUGGAGGAUUCUUUCAGUGGUUUUGAAUAUAACUUCCAUGACUAGUAGACAAAGGGCAUUCUCCACUUGCUCCUCUCAUCUAGUGGUUGUGACCUUGUUUUACGGGACCUUAAUCUUGGUCUAUGCUGUGCCCUUAGAUGGCCAGGUGUCAGCUCUCAACAAGACCUUCUCCUUGCUCUACACUGUUGUCACUCCCAUGUGUAAUCCUCUUAUCUACAGCCUCAAAAACAAAGAUGUCAAGGAGGCUCUGAGGAAACUGGGGAUUUGA